AGCAACUAGGCUGGAAGAUUGUUUUUUUUUUUCUUUCUUUCUUCAUUUCUUUCUUUUUUUUUCUUCUUUUUUUUUUCCUUUCUAGUAGGGGGAGGAGACAGAAAAUUGCGAGAGACUGAGAGAAAGAGGAAGACAGGCAAAGAAAGCAAGCCGGUUUGCAGAAAUACUGAGUUACAGUAUCCUGAUUUCCUGGAAGAAGACUUUAAUUCCAGACCGAAGCUGGAUUGUGAUUCUGUUACAAACAGGCUGCUUUAGGAGAAAAAACAAACACACACACACACACACACACACAAACAAACAAACAAUAAGGAGAUUGCAUUGGGAAAGGCGGACAAAAUUCACGUGUGCGAUUUGUCUUGUUUUUAAGGAUAGAUGCUUUUCUGUUGUUUUUGGAAAUAGUAAUUAGUAAAAAAAAAAAAAAAUCCCCCCCAAAAAACCCGAAAAAGAAGUCCCAAAAAUCUCAUCGUUCUUCACAUCGGUGCUGUCAGGAAUAGUGUUUUUGGAGGAAGAAAGAGGCCUGGGGCAUUGCACCCUAUCAACGAGUUUCCUGCAUCAGAGAUAAAGAUUCCAGCUACAUGGGCAAACGUUUGGAACAGCAACCAAUGUACCCACAGUACACUUACUACUACCCACAUUAUCUCCAAACCAAGCAGUCCUAUGCACCAGCUCCUCAUCCCAUGGCUCCCCCCAGCCCCAGCACAAACAGUAGUAACAACAGCAGCAACAGUGGUGGGGAACAGUUGAGUAAAACAAAUCUCUAUAUCCGAGGACUACCACCAGGCACCACAGACCAGGACCUCAUUAAACUGUGCCAGCCGUAUGGAAAAAUUGUUUCUACCAAGGCAAUUCUUGACAAAAACACAAAUCAAUGCAAAGGCUAUGGUUUUGUGGAUUUUGACAGUCCCGCUGCAGCACAGAAAGCAGUUGCUUCUCUAAAAGCUAAUGGAGUGCAAGCCCAGAUGGCAAAGCAACAAGAACAAGAUCCAACAAAUCUGUACAUUUCAAACCUGCCUGUUUCCAUGGAUGAGCAAGAGCUGGAGAACAUGUUAAAGCCCUUUGGACAUGUUAUUUCAACCAGAAUAUUACGAGAUGCCAAUGGAGUUAGUAGAGGUGUAGGAUUUGCUAGAAUGGAGUCUACAGAAAAAUGUGAAGUGGUUAUUCAGCAUUUUAACGGCAAAUAUUUAAAAACACCUCCAGGAGUACCGGCCCCACCAGAGCCUUUACUUUGUAAAUUUGCAGACGGGGGACAGAAGAAGAGACAAAAUCAGAGCAAGUACACACAAAAUGGAAGGCCGUGGCCAAGAGAUGGAGAGACAGGAAUGGCUUUGACUUAUGAUCCAACAGCAGCUAUGCAGAAUGGAUUCUACUCAUCCCCGUACAAUAUUGCAACAAACCGUAUGAUUCCACAGACAUCUAUUACACCCUUUAUUGCUGCUUCCCCUGUAUCUACUUAUCAUCAGGUCCAGAGCACAUCAUGGAUGCCUCACCCGCCAUAUGUUAUGCAACCAACGGGUGCUGUUAUAACACCGACAUUGGAUCAUACCAUGUCUAUGCAGCCAGCCAGUAUGAUGGGUCCAAUAACCCAACAAAUGAAUCACCUCUCGCUGGGUACAACCGGAACGUAUAUGACUGCUGCUGCGCCUAUGCAAGGGACCUAUAUUCCCCAGUAUACUCCUGUGCCUCCUACAGCUGUUCAAGUUGAAGGUGUUGUUGCUGAUACCGCUCCUCAGACAGUACAGUCAUCAUCACAGGAAGCAAGUGGACAACAACAACAAUUAACUGUAGAGACAAACAAUGAACAUACAUCUUCAUAUUCCUACCAACAAUCUAAACAAUAAAUAGGACUGAAGAAUGUUGGUCUGGAAACCUUGCCUUGAACAGAGAAACUUCACUCAUCAUGAAGUUGACUUCCUCUUUGCACAGGCAUUGAACUAAGAUGUUCUCUUUCUUUUUUUCUUUUUUUCCCGCCCUGGCCAACAAAUAGUUUUUUUAUUUUAUGUGCAAAAAAAAAAAAUGGUUUAGUUAUGUAGUCUGACAAUUUUAUUUUUGCUACUUUUUUAAUGAAUGAAUACCCAGAGGAAAUGUACUGGGUUAACAACAUUUCACCUGGAUGAACAUUUGAAUUUCAUGACAUCUGGAGAUGUAGAUAAAGACAACAUUUGAAAACCGAUGUCAAGAGGGAACAAGAAUAGACUAAAACAUUAUUGUCUUCCUUCAUAAUUAAGCUACUCUCUUCUCAUUUUUUUCCCCAUUUGUUUAAGUUCUCUUUUUUUUUUCAUAGGAAUGAAUAUGUAAGGUUUUCUUCUUGAUCUUGAAUCUUAAUUGCCUUAAUUUUAAGGACGUCUGAGGAUCCCAGAGCAACGGAUCUGCAUCUUGAUAAAAAUGCAAGGCAGGAGAUAUGACAUUUUAACUGAACCCGAUAACCGACGUGGGAUUUUCGUAGCAGUUUCUAAAGUAAAAAAAGUACAGUACAGUUUAAAAUAUAAAAUAUUUUCUUCUUUUGAAGAAAAUUUGGCUUAUACAGAAAAAAAUGGCGUCUGCAAGGGUUUCAAAAAAAAUGUUGGGACUUUUAUGAACUUUAUCUUAAGUGUUAAUUCAAAUAACUAUAGGUGGCUGUAGCUUUUUACAGUGGAGUUACUGAAAAAAAAAGAAAAAAGGAAGAAAAAAAGAAAUCAACUGCGUUGAGAAAAAUGCUUCUUUUUUGUUGAAUGCAAUGUUUUUUGUUUAUUUUUUUAUUUUAUUUACCAAGCGUGAUCCCUAGCGAAGCAAUUAGUGCUUUUUACUUGCUAUCUUUUUUAUGAGCUUUAAGAGAUUUUUAGUCCGCUUUGCUUGUCAUAUUGCAAAAAGGUAGCCUAAUAGUAUUACAAGAAUAGUUAGGAGUUUAUGGAUAAAAAAAAAGUGCAAAAAAAGCAAUAGAUAGAAGAAAUUGUUGACAAUUUCUAUAGUCUUUCCUAGUUGUGAUCAAUUGCAGCCUAUGGAUGGCCUAUUUUAUACCAAAGAUGAAGUGACACCCUAAACACCCGAAAGCAGUUCCGAAGAUAGUAUUUUUUGUUGUUGUUUUUAUUUUGUUUUUAAUUUUUUAAAUCUUUAUUUGACCUACAUGGCCGGACCAAUUUUUACUAUUUCCUUCCUUUGUACUAUCUUCCACUGGUAUUCUACGUAGUAUAUAUUGUUCGUAGAGACUCAUUGUGGCAACUUGAUUGCAAUCCUCACUGUUUUUAAAUACCCUAGCAUAUUGCAAAUUAAAUGGAGUACCAUGUAUCAUCCUCAUAUGGUAUCUACAAAUCCAUUUUUAUAGAAUAGCCUGAUUUUCUAUAGUUAUGAGUCUUCCUUUUGUCCAAACUAGACCUCUCUCAGUGAUUUAUUUUAUUCUAGUCAACAAACAAUGGCAGUAUAGUUUGUUUACAUUUUAAGUGAUGCCUGCCUUUUUUCAAUGUUAACAUUUAAAAGACAUAUAGACAAUCACUUUAGUUGCCAUUAAUUAAUUGCCCAGAAAUAAUAGAUUUUAGAACAUUUAAAGCCUAGUAACUGGGUAAAAUGAAAGUUUAACAUGGGCGUAUUUCAAACAAUGGAUAAGUCAAUGCAGUUACUUUUGAAAAUAAUUUAUAAUUUGCAUAACUAAUUUAAUAAAAAUAAAAUGGUAGUGAGAAAAAAAAAAAAAACAACACAACCUUUAAUUCAUGCCUCAAUGCAGAGGUACACCUAGGUUCGU